ACCAUUGCUUAUCUAAGGUUUUAAUUUUGCGAAUGUGGUAUUUUACUCAGUCGGCGUAUUUGAUCCGUAAUUGCCGAGAACAUUUUGCAAAACUAAAGAAGUAUUAUGAGCAUAGAGAAUAAAUUAACGCAACUGAGAAUCAGGGAAGAUUGUCAAUCUAAUUACCAAUACAUUGAAGAAUUUAAAAAUCCGAACAAACUUCCCAUAACUCAAAUCCAUCUAGAAAAAACAUGGAAGCAGCUGAGAAAGGACAGACCCAGAGGCAUGGACUUUUUGGAAGUGUCACCUGAGGAGGUGAGCAAGUCCUAUUUUGAAGUUAAAACAGAAGUGAUUCCGGCGUUGGACAAGAGAUGGUUGCCUAGAUGCGUUUUCCACAAUUACGAACCUUAUAGCUUCACUGCAAGCAAAGAGGAAAACCUAACCUUUCUGACAAGAAACGUAUUAUUCUUGGAUAGUAUAAGUUAUCUGUUGAAUUGCAACUUUCACCAGUUCUGGUGCACCAUACUAUUUGAACCGUCAGCUGUGAUUGCUCUAAGGAGUUUCCUUCUUUCGCCCAUUUCGCCUUAUCAGGUUAGGUAUCUUGAAGAUGAGUAUUUGGAAGUGUAUAAAGCAAUAUUUGAAAACUUCCUGCUAGUUUAUGAAAAACUGGUGAAUUUUAAAUGGUCGGAACAUGAGUACAUACCUGAGCCUUAUGGAGUGAAAAAACUGUUAGAAAAAAAGCUUUUAAAUUUGCCGAUUGUGAUAACGCUGGUGUUUCUCUAUAGAGACAGCAAUUUAGGAUUAACUAAUAGGAUAACGCAUUUAUAUUUCAACCAAUCGGAGAGGCCUGAAUUUUUGACAAAAGAAAUAGAAUACACCAUCCAGCAGGGUCUCAUCGUGUUAAAGACAAUCAGAGGUCAUUUAUGUGACGCUGAAGAGUCGGCUGUGGUGGUCCCCAUUUCCAUAGACAAACGACCAGCAAUCUUUAGCCUCGCUUGGGUUUAUUCCUUAGUCAGUUAUCUCCUCAACACCGUCGCUACUAUGGACAUACUAUUUCAAUGUCACAAGCCCGCGGUGCAGGUGGCCUUAGCAUUGGACUUUCCUUAUAGCAUACCCUCGAUAUACGUCAACGUGUAUCGGGAACUCUACGAGCUCCUCGACAACAGGGAAGAAAUGGUAAUGGAAAAGGAGCUUUCUAGUCACGUAGUGGACGAGAUAAAUCUGGGCCGCCAGGAAUUCGUAGAGAUGUAUCACGCCUUCGUGUCCUUUUGCCUCGAUGAAGCACUGGUGCAUACAGGAGACCCUGUCAAACAGCAACCAAUAAUCGAAACUUACCUGAGACUGAUCCAAACUGCCUUAGAAGAAGAUUAUUUCAUCUGCGACUAUAAUUCCACGUACAGCAUCGCCACCCAAAACGAAAUGUUCGAGACCUGCUGCGAGGUCGAUAAAACUUGCACAGAUUUCCUCGUGUCGUGCGUCGACCGGUUGCCACGCAACCACAAGCUGCAGGAGCUGUCAAAAAUGAACCGUCAAACACUAGAGGGCGUGUUUCGCGAUUUCCAACCGCCGCCGUCGCACGUUGCCGAGGGCGCCACGGAGCCGUCCGUCGAGACGCCCGAGCGCGACGCUGAAGAUGUCGAACGCAAAAUCAGGCACAUUCUCGACAUGUUUCCGCACCUGGGCGACGGGUUUAUUUUGCAAUGCCUCGAGUCGUACGAUUACGACGCCGGCGACGUCAUCGACGCCAUAUUGGAGGGAAAUUUGCCGCCGCACCUGUCCGAAAUUCCGUUCGAUCAGAUCCGGAUUCCGCCGGAACCGGAACCCGAGAAGCCGGUACUCGCUUACAAGGGAAAGAAACCCGGAUACGAUGACGCCCUUAAACUGUUAAACGACAAGUCGGACAUCAAAGCGACGAAAACGCUCGUAUUGGAGGGAGUUGAAUUCAAUUACGGCGACGAGUACGAUGACGAGUACGACGAUCGGUUCGACGACGACGUGCCUAUACGGGUACCCGACAAUCCGAUCGACGACGAACCGACAACGUUCAAUCCGAAUCGUCGUCCGCAACGGGACGAAUCGAGCGAUAGCGGGGACGAUGCCGAAGAGAACGCGGAGGAGGCGGGGACGAGUAGGGCGGGACGUUCGGGGAUGAACUUCUGCGAAGACCCGGCGGUGUUGAGGGCGCGCAGGGAGGCCAACUUGAAAACCAAAAAACCCCAACCGGGCCCCCCCAAAAACAAACCCGAUGUAGUGGGAAAACCGAAGGGCCAAGGUCAAGACAAGGACGUGCUCUUAAACAGGCAGAAAAAGGCGGCAAACAAGUCAAGCAAGGCGAACCACAACCGGAAGGGCGGGGCACAGUGGAAGCGGACCCGGGGGAUGAUCCCCUCCUAAAAUCCCGUCCCGGUCGAUGUCGAAUUAAAAGUUUAAUUAUCCCGGUGGAACGUCGAAUAUUAAAAGUUAUU